AUAAUUCAGAUAUAUUAAGUAAUAUACAUAAAUACAUAAUUGAAAGAGCCACUUUUUUGUAUUUGUGUGCUUAAAAUUUGUAUACCCGUUUCUUUCUCAUAAUUGCCUGCCUUUAUUAUGGAAGUAAUUUUUCAUUACACAAAAAGAAAUAUGCUCAAAUAUUCGGAAGUGCAGUGAAUAUUUAAACGUGUGGUCAUAAAAUAUUAAUUUGUGUUAUUUAUAUAGAAACUAAUCAUUUUUGUGAAAAUAUUACAAUAGUUUUUAAAUUGGAAUAUUAAAUUAAGAAUAUAUUCUUGUUGGUUCCUAUAUAUCUCUCCUCCGUUGCUCUAAUAUUGACGGUUUUUUGUUAUGCUUUAGCAUCAUUACUUCGUAUUGACUGAAUAGACUAAAAAUUGAGUAAUUAAGAUAUUCUUUAUUUAACUAGGAUUUUGUGAAUCAUUCAUAGUUUUUCCUGUUGCAAAUUGGGUACAACUUGAUGUGUUUCUGAUUAUGAGAUCUUCCUCCUUCAGCUGUCUGGUUUGGUAUUUGUCUUCUUAUUUACCCUCAUCUUGUGAUGUUUAUUAACUGAGGUUCGUUUUUAAGUAGAGCUGCCAGAGUUUAUUUGUUAAGUGCGAAUUUUGAAAAAUAUACUCACAUAGUUAUGGACAAUGAACCUGAAAACAUAGAUCAACAAUCGAGAGCACUCCAAAGAAAUAUUUUAGAUUCUGAUGAUGUGGUGGCAUCAUCUUCGACGGGAUCCUCAUCACUGAUGUCUCAAACAGCAGGACAACAGCAUCAAUGCGAUCAACUUCGGCAUGCACAUCAACAUCAUCACCAUCAUCAACAUGUUUAUCCUCAAUAUAAUGCUUUGAUUAUUGAUUCACCAAAUACUUGGUCUGGAGGAACUAAUGAAGACUUAACGCAACUGAACGAGUUUCUUGAGGAGCCACAAUUAAGUCGUGUCUGUUUACGGCCCUAUCAACAACAUCCAUCACAACAGCCGCACACUCAACCACCUCCUUCGCCUUCACUCCACCAUUUACAUCAACACCACUAUGAGCAGCAUAUGCAUCAUCAGUUUAGUGGUACACCUCAGCGUACUUGUGCUGCGUAUUUAGCGCCAAUCGUGCCGCAUUCUACUUAUAAUUCAAACCAAUAUCAAGCCUAUCACGUUUAUGAAGACGAAUAUGCUUCACCGGUGGUAGCUACAGCGGCGGCGCCAUCUCUACCACCACCUCCUCCACCGCUGCCGUUAGCAGCAUCAACACCCGCAACUCCCCACUUAGCUAAUGUUACAGACAAUAAUGAUUCGGGCUUAGAAAUUCCUGAUGCUUCUUCUACUUUUGAAACGGAAUCAUUGCAUUCUUUGGAUACUGCCACAUCCCAUACUGCCAACGUUCGUCGUACCCCGUGUACUAAUGUAAUAGUCAGUGGCCACAGGGGAGAACUGCUAAGGCUACCACGCCGUGAUAUGGAUUGCCUAAGGGGAGCAAGUCGACAACGAGCGCCCAACAACAGGGACCUCAGCGAGCAAUCAUCGUCGUUGUCGUUUGUUUCGUUUAAUGAUCGUUUGGACGAAGUGGCAUCAACGUCUUCAGUACAAACCACGCAAUCUGAAAGUGACGUAGAUUCAUGCGUUGUGGAAGCGUCUAGUCCAUUACCAGCUGCGUUACCGCACGAUGAUGUCUCUUCCGAAACUGAACAUGUGCAAUUCGCCCAUACUCGUACCACCAACACGACAACUACCACUUCAGCAGCAACCUUAAAGAAACAAAAAUCCACCACUACUAACGUUGUAGGAUCUUCUCCAACGUCGUCCUCUUCAGCUUCCGCUUCGUCUAGCAGAUCAGGUGGUGGUAACGGGAAUAGUACCGAACAUGUAAUUGAUUUGGUGGAAUCUAGCUCAAAUGGCUCCCAAGCACGUUGUUUGAGUGCUGACAAUAACAGUAAUUCACUCAAUCAUUGCGAUGCGGAAGCAGAAACCGUUGCAUGGAAUCUACAUAAGCCAACAGCUCAACAUAAUGAUGAUGUCCCGUCGUGUUCUCAAAAAGCGGAUCGCCGAACUGAAAUGGAAUCGAAACGUCGUUUUCUAGGCGCGGACGAAAAUCGACUGUCAAAAGUUCAAAAAAUUAACGAUAGUAGCUAUAAUCAGCAACAACGAGUACGUACUCAAGGUUCUUCUACUGAGGCUGGAGCUUCUACUUCGAAUGGCUCGUAUGUAAUUACUUAUGCGGGUCAACAUCCGCCUCCAACACGUCGACGGAGAAUAGAAGCGUUAUAUUUGACGGAAAAUAGUCAGUCUAAUACAGAAGAAGCACGUAAUUACACAAUGAAUGUAGAAACAAGAGGAAUGCAAAGUCCUGCCAGCAUGGAUGCGCAACCAUCUACUUCGAAAGGAUAUGGCAAAGUUAGAGUGCAUGAAGGUAAUAAGCAGCCUGUUGUUUUAACCGCACCAGAUUUACAGUUAGACUGCCUUUCGGAUACUACAACUACCACGGAUGGUGAAGAUGACGACGUAGUGUUUGUGCAUUCGAAUCGAGAACCCAUUCUCUCGAUAGACUUAACGGCUGAUGAUGAAACGUCGUCUUCCACUUCUAUAGCCGAAAUGCUGGAAGCACCAGCUGCACGCAGUCAUCCUACAUUUACGGAAAAUGAAAUUAAUUCUCAUGAAUGUACCGGUAAUGGAGGGGAAUUCGAGGGAGUUUAUGGGAUGGGCUUUGUAAGUGAUCCUGAGUUAUUCUCAUCUACAUCGGGUAACAGAGAAACAAGUCGUGAAUGUUGCUCCCAACAGAUGAUGCACACCAAUUUUAUUCAGUCACAUCCUCAUUGGCCAAAUAUGCGUUAUGGCCGAUCAGCGGCGGAAUCCUCUCCAUACGUGCCAAGACGUUUUUUUCCGUCACUGCAAAUUAUGUCUCGUUGGCCUACAACUAGUGCCGAAUUAAAUAGGUCGUCAGCUUCGGUCUGUAAUGCCGCAGUUGUAUCUUGUCCGACAGUUACCAGUACUCAGGAUUCGCCACUGUUGCCCCAAAAUCACAACUCAGAUAGACUUAAUAAUUUAAACCGAGUUCGCCCUGCUUGGCAACCUUUUAGAAUAACCCAAACUGGUAUAUUAGCGAAUGCAACAGCAGCAUCAGCGUGCAAUUCACUGCCAUCUACGACCAACUUUACAGAACCUUCUGAAUCGUACCGAUCGCAGGAGCCUGGCAAUUUGACAACUGCACAACCAACAACUCUGACACUCCCACAGAGAACUCCAUUUCCAGAACCAACUCGCCCGAUCAGACAAAGUCAAGCACAUUUUCUUUCCAGAGAGCCCUUACCCGUGGCAACACUUCAACAGUCCCAGUCUGGUUUUCCUGAGCAAAAUGCUUACGUGAGUCGAAUAGAAUCGACUUAUUCACCAUAUUCAAAUACCAACACAACGAUGGCUUUAGCUCCUAAUACUGAAUGGAAUGGGAGUGGAGCAACAAAUUUUGCUGCUGCCAAUCACGCACUGCAGCUACCUUCCAUUCAUUUGUAUCCGGACAUGCAUGCAUCUUUAAAUAUACGUGGCUUGACGCGAUCCAUUUCCCCACCAACAAUUGCGACGCUCUCAUCGUCGCCAGGUACGAGUAAUAAUGGCAAUCCGUAUUGUGCACAUUUUCUCAAUCAUACGCAUGCUCACGCUCAUACAGGGCAUGCACAUGAUCCACUUGCUCAUACGCACAAUAAUUAUAGCGGGACAACACAUGGCCAUAAUCACUCGUGUCAUCGAUCUGGUAAUAGUCAUGGUGGUCCACCACCUUAUUUGGUGCAUCACAAUCUAUGGGUACGGCAACAGAGUGUCCAGGAAUUACAUCGACGUCAUAUGACUCCCACACCUAUAGACUUGUCAUCAAACCCCUUGAAUUUAACCAGCAGUUUCCGAUCACGUUUCCAGAUGCCAAACUUAUGUUCAUGCGUUCACGCCCGCAACGGUCCAGUUUCCAGCUUGGAUCCGGCUUACUAUCCUCAUAAUUCGCGGUCUCAGCCUCAGCACAGACGUUCGGCUAUACGACGUCCAUCCAUACAUCAUCACAUGUUCCAUCAUUAUUCUCCAGUGCAUGUAGAAAUUGAUUUGUCAACGCCAAGAAUAUACAUAGGUUCAUCUCUUAGACAUCCCGGAGGCGCGACACUGGAAAUGAUUGAACGCAACACCUUGCCGCAUAAAUAUCGUCGUGUGCGAAGGCCUAGUGAGACAGAUGAUGAUGCUGAAAAGUGUGCCAUUUGUUUGUCGCUAUUUGAGAUAGGCAAUGACGUCAGACGCUUACCUUGCAUGCAUUUGUUCCACACCGACUGCGUAGACCAGUGGUUAGUGACUAAUAAACAUUGCCCCAUAUGUCGCGUGGAUAUAGAAACCCAUUUGAAUAAAGAUGCAUUGAUUGCCACUACCAGCAGCACUAGUAGUUCCAGCGCCAACACAUUAUGAUCAUUAUGAUAUUGCUAAAGUGCCAAUAUACAUAUUGCACAGGUUUGCAUUUCCAAUUCAAUUCUUAAAAAGGCUUAAAUACGUGGAAUCUCUCGUUUCUUAUUUUAAUGUUAGCAUUUUUCUCUUAUCUUUGUUUUCUGCAUAACCAUUAAUAGCGUAUAAAAUUGGAAUUCGCGAUUCUGUUGUAAAGUUUAUUAAACUCUUUAAGUAAUUGUUUUAUUUUCAUAAUUGUUUUCGUUGUUAUUUAAUUCAUUGCAUUGUGUGCCAUAUAAUUUAAUUACAUUUUAAAUAUCUCUUUCGGAAACAUCUAUUAUUUCCUUCACUAAAAUGAAUUAGUAUUCGAAUUUUUGUAUAAUUAUUAAGUUGCUACUUAAGCGCUAGAAUUUAUAUUUAUAUUUGUAUAAAAUACAU